GGCAAGCUGGACGAUUAUCAAGCCAAGAAGAAUAAAGGGGAGCGUCUCAACCAGGACCAGCUGGUGGGUCAACAACGUAUACUGUAUAUGAGUCCUAUAUGGUCUGAUCUGACUACUUCCUUGAAGUUCUCACUGAUCUGUCAUUAUUGGGUUGGUGUAAGCAAGCUUUCCAUUACAUUGCUUUCAUCAAUUAGCAUAUGUGGUCAGUUCAGUGAAUACUUUAAGGGAGCAGGAAGGCAGGAUGCAAUGCAUUUACUUGCUAUGACUGAUAUGUGGUUGUCCCACCUAGCUAUUUUAAGAUUAAUGCACUAACUGUUAGUCGCUCUGGAUAAGGGAGUCUGCUAAAUGACUAAAAUGUAAAUGUAAACCAGUUUCCUCUCCCUCUGUCAUCUCUGCAGGAUGCCCUGACCAAGUAUCAGGAAGUGAAUAAUAAUCUGGAGUUUGCCAGAGAGCUACAGAAGAGCUUCCUCGCACUGGGGCAAGAUGUAAGCGUAUCUAAUGCAAUGUGUCCUUGUCUGUCGGGAUGUGACUGAUUUGGGUCCCCCUCUCUGGUGUUAUCCUUGUUUGCAUUAAAGUGGCCAACGCCGGGUGGUUGCGUUUCAUUCCGGGAGGAUGCUUUCUCCCCCCUUCAUGGAUCUGAAACAACUAGGUGUAAGCAGUAUAGCUCCACCUAGUUUCUCCCAUAUUGCUUUCACAUAUCUAGUCCUAUCAAAUCUGUGAAUGUGGGUGAACAAGGGCGGAUGGGAGGAAACGGCUUCCUGGAGACCUGGAAUGAAACGCAACCCAGAGCUCCUGCACAGUGUUUGAUUCUGACUCCCUGGUCUCCUCUGUCUCUGUAGAUCCAGAAGGCAGUGAAGAAGGCAGUGCGGAGGGAGCAGCUCCAGAGAGAGGAGGCUGAGCAGAAGAGACUGAAGACUGUGCUGGAGAUCCAGUUCCUCCUGGACAGGCUGGGAGAGGACAGUGUGAGGCAGGAGCUGAGACAAGGGGCCACCGGGGGAGGCACACCCUCACUCCUCACAGACUCAGAGCUCACCACCCUGGACGAGCUUUACAAGCUAGUGGGGCCAGAACGAGACCAAAACACCAGGUUAGUAAAACGCAUGCAUGCAUACACACACACACACAACGUUCAGAUUUUGGGCUAAAGGUAAGUAAUAUAUGUAUUUGUACAUUCUAAGCGUAAUACUGUGAGGAAGAAUCAACAGAAUCACUCUGACAUCAAUGCAAAUGAGUUUGAAAAUCUAAUCAAACACUUCAUGAGAGCCCAUGAGCUCAUGUUGGCUAUGCAAUAGAGUGAGAAAACAGCGUGAUAGCCUCUAUUAAAAAGAGGAGGAUCCCAUCAGCUUUCUAUAGGCUAGGCCUAGUAUAUUUAUUUCUCAACUUUCUUAAUAUUAAGCACUUUGCAUCUCUUUAAAACAGGAGUAUAGUGUACCUGGCUGGCAUGAAAAUGAACCAUAGGAAAAGCGUCCUCCAUUCGCUAUUUACAGUGCAUUCGGAAAGUAUUCAGACCCCUUGACUUUUCCACAUUUUGUUACAUUAGCCUUAUUCUAAAAUGGAUGAAAUCAUUUCUCUCUCUCAUCAAUCUACACACAAUACCCCCAUAAUGACAAAGCAAAAACAGGCUUUUAGACAUUUAGGCAAAUUUAAAACUGAUGACAUUUACAUAAGUAUUCAGACCCUUUACUCAGUACUUUGUUGAAGCACCUUUGGCAGCGAUUACAGCCUCAAGUCUUCUUGGGUAUGACGCUACAAGCUUGGCACACCUGUAUUUGGGGGAGUUUCUCCCAUUCUCCUCUGCAGAUCCUCUCAAGCUCUGUCAGGAUGGAUGGGGAGCGUCGCUGCACAGCUAUUUUCAGGUCUCUCCAGAGAUGUUCGAUCGGGUUCAGGCUCUGGCUGGGCCACUCAAGGACAUUCAGAGACUUAUCCCGAAGCCACUCCUGCGUUGUCUUGGUUGUGUGCUUAGGGUCAUUGUCCUGUUGGAAGGUGAACCUUCGCCCCAGUCUGAGGUCCUGACCGCUCUUUCAUCAAGGAUCUCUCUGUACUUUGCUCCGUUCAUCUUUCCCUCGAUCCUGACUAGUCUCCCUGUCCCUGCAGCUGAAAAACAUCCCCACAGCAUGAUACUGCCACCACCAUACUUCACCGUAGGGAUGGUGCCAGGUUUCCUCUAGACGUGACGCUUGGCAUUCAGGCCAAAGAGUUCAAUCUUGGUUUCAUCAGACCAGAGAAUCUUGUUUCUCAUGGUCUGAGAGUCCUUUAGGUGCCUUUUGGCAAACUUCAAGCGAGCUGUCAUGUGCCUUUUUACAGAGGAGUGGAUUCCGUCUGGCCACUCUACCAUAAAGGCCUGAUUGGUGGAGUGCUGCAGAGAUGGUUGUCCUUCUGGAAGGUUCUCCCAUCUUCACAGAGGAACUCUGGAGCUCUGUCAGAGUGACCAACGGGUUCUUGGUCACCUCCCUGAUCAAGGCCCUUGUCCCCCGAUUGCUCAGUUUGGCCGGGCGGCCAGCUCUAGGAAGAGUCCAAACUUCUUCCAUUUAACAAUGAUUGAGGCCACUGUGUUCUUGGGGACCUUCAAUGCUGUAGACAUUUUUUGGUAACCUUCCCCAGAUCUUUGCCUCAACACAAUCCUGUCUAAGAGCUUUACGGACAAUUCCUUCUACCUCAUGGCUUGGUUUUUGCUCUGACAUGCACUGUCAACUGUGGGACCUUACCACUAGACAGGUGUGUGCCUUUUCUAAAUCAUGUCCAAUCAAUUGAAUUUACCACAGGUGGACUCCAAUCAAGUUGUAGAAAAAUCUCAAGGAUGAUCAAUGGAAACAGGAUGCACCUGAGCUCAAUUUUGAGUGUCAUUGCAAAGGGUCUGAUUUACUUAUGUAAAUAAGGUAUUUCUGUUUUAUUUUUAAUGCAUUUCUAAACCUGUUUUCGCUUUGUCAUUAUGGGGCAUUGUGUGUAGAUUGAGAUUUUUUUUAUUUAAUCCAUUUUAGAAUAAGGCUGUAAUGUAACAAUGUGGAAAAAGUCAAGGGGUCUGAAUACUUUCCGAAUGCAUUAUAAGUGCAUAGAUGACCAUGUAUUUGUGGUUCGAAACAGGUGCAUGAUGGUGGUCCAUUCUGAAUCAAAACAAAUUUCACACAUACAGUACAGGUCAAAAGUGUGGACACACCUACUCAUUCAAGGGUUUUUCUUUAUUUUUACUAUUUUCUACAUUGUAGAAUAAUAGUGAAGACAUCAAAACUAUGAAAUAACACAUGGAAUCAUGUAGCAACCAAAAAAGUGUUAAACAAAUCAAAAUGUAUUUUAGAUUCUUCAAGGUAGCCACCCUUUGCCUUGAUGACAGCUUUGCACACUCUUGGCAUUCUCUCAACCAGCUUCAUGAGGAAUGCUUUUCCAACAAUCUUGAAGGAGUUCCCACAUAUGCUGAGCAUUUGUUGGCUGCUUUUCCUUCACUCUGCGGUCCAACUCAUCCCAAACCAUCUCAAUUGGGUUGAGGUGGGGGGAUUGUGGAGGCCAGGUCAUCUGAUGCAGCACUCCAUCACUAUCCUUCUUGGUCAAAUAGCCCUUACACAGCCUGGAGGUGUGUUUUGGGUCAUUGUCCUGUUGAAAAACAAAUGAUAGUCCCACUAAGCGCAAACCAGAUGGGAUGGCGUAUCGCUGCACAAUGCUGUGGUAGCCAUGCUGGUUAAGUGAGCCUUGAAUUCUAAAUAAAUCACCAACAGUGUCACCAGUAAAGCACCAUCACACCACCUCCUCCGUGCUUCACGGUGGGAACCACACGUGGAGAUCAUCCGUUCACCUACUCUGCAUCUCACAAAGACAGCGGUUGGAACCAAAAACCAAAAAUCUCACAUUUGGAGUCAACAGACCAAAGGACAGAUUUCCACUUGUCUAAUGUCCAUUGCUCGUGUUUCUUGGCCCAAGCAAGUCUCUUCUUCUUAUUGGUGUCCUUUUAGUAGUGGUUUCUUUGCAGCAAUUUGACCAUGAAGGCCUGACUCAUGCAGUCUCCUCAGAACAGUUGAUGUUGAGAUGUCUGUUACUUGAACUCUGUGAAGCAUUUAUUUGGGCUGCAAUCUGAGGUGCAGUUAACUCUAAUGAACUUAUCCUCUGCAGCAGAGGAAACUCUGGGUCUUCCUUUCCUGUGGCGGUCCUCAAAUAACUCUAAAUUAAGCAUAUACUGUAGGAGGAACUGUUUCUUUAUCAACAGCGCUACACAGAAUAGCCGCAUGUGUGCACUCCCUUAAAUCGUUUGGAGAAAAUAUCCUUUCAAUUUUAUUCAGCUAUAUUAAAUUGUAUUCUUCAUAUUAUAAAAUAAUGCCACAGAUCUUGUCUACUAAAUGAACUAGUGUAGCCUACAGCCAUAUGGCAUAGCCAGAUCAGGACCAAAUAUAAAGACAACUCAGAGUAUGCUAUUCUGUUCUUCUGAAAUGAAUUACAUUUUCUUCAUAUCAUGUUUCUUUAGACCAGUCUAAAAUAAAUAAUUGAUUUUAUUGUGAAGGUGUAGGCUACAUUACAUGGAUUUAUUAGACUUGUAGAUGUUUCAAAGGUCUGCGUCAGUGGCUUGUAGGCUAUGUGUGGAAGCCAGGAGAUGCUAAAUGUGUUGGUUAAUUAACGGUCAAUUACCGUGAGACCGGCAGUUAUUUGCAUGACAAUCACCGGCAGACAAAAUGUCAUGACUGCCACAGCCCUACUUGGUCUCAGGUGAGAACUUGACCAUGACACCAUCUGUCAAAUACAUGCAUAAACAUGAUGUUCAACUGGGAUGUUUAGAAGUGGGGGUUUCACUGUUUCGCCUUGACUUGAUUGACAAGAGCGCUUGAGAUGGGAGUUUAACUCAAGCCUGACGAAGACUUUUGGGUUAAAAUAUUGCACUCAAUAAAACUGCAGGAGCAUUCAACAGUGUGUGCAGGUAUCUAUCUUUCUUUCUUUCCCAAGUUACAACUGUACCUCUCCUGUUGCAGGUUGUCUGACCAGUACGAAGAGGCUUCUCAACACCUCACUGAUCUGUUGGAGGGGAAGGACAAAGCUGUAGCAGGAACAACAUGUAAGUUUAACCUACAACUACUAGGUGAAUUCACUACUCAGUGGUGUGAAACAUUCUGAACAUUCAAGAAACGGCUAGAAAUGGAACGAAUAGAGCUGACACGAUUCCCAAUCUCUAGUCUGACAGACAAUUAUACAGUAUCUGGUCUACACAAUACAUUUCUAUCUGAACAUUCUGUAACGUUACAUCCUCCUGGACAGGCCCCUGGACAAAUGUUUCUGUCUGUGUUGGUGGAAGCUCCUGAAAAGCAGUCUUUUUUCCUUUAGUAAAUUAGUGGUUGUCAAGUAGCAUUGUUAGUUGUUUUUUUUGUCUUCCAGUUUGGCCAUAGCCUGCUCACAGAUCUAUUUGUGCCGUCUUGUAAUGCCAUGUGUACACUACACGACUUUCAAAAUCCUAACAUUGCUGAGCCUCUCACGUUAAACAACCGCCUUUCCUGUAGUUUUUUUGACUUGCCAGUGUAGUGGUGUGCACACUAAACGAUGUGGCACAGACGGGGACGGGGGGGUCACACACUACAAGAUCGUUCACUUAGUCGUGAGGAUUCUCCAUACCACGAUGUCUCGCGAAAACAAUGUGAUUAGAUUGUUAACAGAACGAGCUGUGGCUCAAAGCAGCCUCAAAACAUUUUCAGCCAGACAUUCAGGAUAGCCCAAAAAAAUUAAACUUUGAAAAAUAAAACCAAUACAUUCACGCUUGUCAUACAGAGUUGAAAUAUCUAGUCAAUACAUUUUGAAUUAAAUAACAUUGCUUUUGAACUUCGGAACUGUACAAACUAGUAGUAGCUUAGUCAUCGCUUUUGCUCAAGAGUGUACACAUUCUGAGUGAUGCGAUACAAUGUCAUCUUUGGCUUCUUCUCUGGUUAGCUCUCAUAGGCUAUUGCUGAUCACCGUUUUCAAAACUUGUUGUUGCACAUCUCGCACUACAAGAGCAUUGCCGAUUUUGUGCCGAUAAAGUCAAACGUGUUUAAAAAUAUUGGGACGGCUCAAAGACAGGAUCGGUAGCCCUCAGAUUGCAUCUCUGACCCACUCACAUUAAACGCGCGUCGGUGACGGCCGCAUACCCCGAGUAGGCAACGACAUUAAAUUAUUCUCUGAGUGUGUCAGUCUGUCACAUAAUAACUCUUUAGAUGACAAGAUUUGUGCUGGAUAUCCCAGAGGGGGCGUAUUGAGGGCUGGAAGAUGGAUCGUAGGGGGCAUAAGGCAGGCAAUGCAGAGCAGGACUGUGAGCAGUACUGAGGCUAGGGCUGUGACGAUCAUGGAAUUUUGGAUCACUGUAAUUGGCCAGCCAAAUGACUGCGAUCUCAGUAAUAACCGUUCGAAUAGCAACAAAGAAAAAAUAUAAAUAAUCACAAUUCUUCCCCUCGGCCCUCCAUUUGCGCGUUCACGCGUGCCUCCACCAUUUGCACAAGUCAAAUCAUCACAUUUUUAUUUGUCACAUGCUUUUUAAACAACGGGUGCUGACCAACCGUGACAUGCUUACUUACGGGCCCUUCCCAACAAUACAGAGAGAAUAAUAGAAGGAUAACACAAGUAAUUAGUGUUGUACAGUAUACCACCACGGUAAUAUCACGGUACCAAAACAUCAUGAUACUUAUGAUACCUACAUUUUCGAGUACCAUUUCAUACAACAUUUUCGGCCCUACCGAUCUAAAGAACACGCUGGCGCCUGUUAUAAAAUGUUUAUAAAGUCAGUUGUUGUUUAUAAGUUCAGUUAAUUGUUUAAACAACAGCAACUAGUCUACUGUAUGCACCAGUCCAAUAAUGUCCACUUCACUUUUAUGCGCAUAUCACGUGUGGCAGCUGUGAUCAGCCAGCCGCAUCCCCCACCAGCACUCACUCAUCUGCUUCUCUCUGAAUGCUCUUCCUGCACAUCUAUUCCUCCAUCAGUUUUUAAAAUAGAAUUUAGCCUUGAUGGCGAGCGGGGAUGGAGACCCUGAUCAGUCUUUUGUUGUUACAUUUGAUACAUUUUACAUCAUUUCAUCCCUGAUAUCACCAAGAGCACAGGCCAGCCUGAGUAUAGGCUUUGCAAGUUGGUUGUCACACAGCAGUGCCAGAAAUGAAAAACAGCUUCAUGACAGGCAUGCUUUUGCAGCUUUACAGCAAAGAAAACAUUUCUACCUCAAACGGUUAAGAAAAUUACUCCUAUAACCAGCGCUAGCUUUUUUUCUUCCUCCGCGAUUUCGCGCGCAUUUGAUAGAAUUUCACAAACCAUGUCGCGGGCCAUUUUAAACUAAUCCCGGCCCGCUAAUGAUUGGUUUGAAAACAUACAAAGUUCAGUCAUGUUACCUAGCAAGCUAACAACCUGGGUACUUUGACAGUAGGUUUAGGCAAAUUUGAUUGGCGCAGGAAGAAAGGAAAAAGGUCUGCUACUCAUGAGAUGUUCUUCAAAGGAAGGAUUCAUAUAGGCCUAACUAUAUAAAAAAAUAUUUCUGCUUACAUUCUGUUUGGUGCCUAAAGUUUUUAAAGUUAGGAGCAGUGUGUGUAUGUCUGGGAGAGAGAGGGAGACAGAGAGAGUGUGGGAGGGAGUGUGUGUGUCUGUUAACGGAAGAGUAGGUUUCAUGCAGUGUAUCCCCUUACUGACAUGCAGAUAAUUAUACAUACAGUGCCUUCGGAAAGUAUUCCGACCCCUUGACAUUUUCCACAUUUUGUUAAGUUAUAGCCUUAUUCUAAAAUGUAUUAAACAUUAAUUUUUUCUCAGCAAUCUACACACAAUACCCCAUAAUGACAAAGCGAAAACAGGUUUAGAUUUUUUUGCAAAUGUAUUAAAAAUAAAAAGCAGAGGUACCUUAUUUACAUAAGUAUUCAGACCCUUUGCUUUGAGACACGAAAUUGACCUCAGGUGCAUCCUGUUUCCAUUAAUCAUUCUUGAGAUGUUUCUAGAACUUAAUUGUGGAGUCCACCUGUGGUAAAUUAGGUUCAUUGGACAUAAUUUGGAAAGGCGCACACCUGUCUAUAAGGUCCCACAGUUGACAGUGCAUGUCAGAGCAAAUACCAAGCCGUGAGGUCGAAGGAAUUGUCCGUAGAGAUGGGAGAACCUUCCAGAAGGACAACCAUCUCUGCAGCACUCCAGACGUGACGCUUGGCAUUCAGGCCAAAGAGUUCAAUCUUGGUUUCAUCAGACCAGAGAAUCUUGUUUCUCAUGGUCUGAGAAUCUUUAGGUGCCUUUUGCCAAACUCCAAGCGGGCUGUCGUGCCUUUUACUGAGGAGUGGCAUCUGUCUGGCCACUCUACCAUAAAGGCCUGAUUGGUGGAGUGCUGCAGAGAUUGUUGUCCUUCUGGAAGGUUCUCCCAUCUCCACAGAGGAACUCUGGAGCUCUGUCAGAGUGACCAUCGGGUUCUUGGUCACCUCCCUGACCAAGGCCCUUCUCUCAGUUUGGCCGGGCGGCCAGCUCUAGGAAGAAUCUUGGUGGUUCCAAACCUCUUCUAUUUAAGAAUGAUGGAGGCAACUGUGUUCUUCUCGACACAAUCCUGUCUCGGAGCUCUGCGGACAAUUCCUUCGACCUCAUUACUUGGUUUUUGCUCUGAAAUGCACUAUCAACUGUGCCUUUCCAAAUUGUCCAAACAAUUGAAUUUACCACAGUUGGACUCCAAUCAAGUUGUAGAAACAGCUCAAGGAUGAUCAAUGUAAACAGGAUGCACCGGAGUUCAAUUUCGAGUGUCAUAGCAAAGGGUCUGAAUACGUAUAAGGUAUUUCUGGUUUUUAUUUUUAAUACAUUAGCAAACAUUUCUAAAAACCUGUUUUCGCUGGGUCAUUAUGGGUUAUAGUGUGGACAGUCGUGGUCAAAAGUUUUGAGAAUGACACAUUUAUUUUCAUAAAGUCUGCUGCCUCAGUUUUUAUGAUGGCAAUUUGCAUAUACUCCAGAAUGUUAUGAAGAGUGAUCAGAUGAAUUUGCUAUUAAUUGCAAAGGCCCUCUUUCCCAUGAAAAUGAACUUAAUCCCCAAAAAACAUUUCCACUGCAUUUCAGCCCUGCCACAAAAGGACCAGCUGACAUCAUGUCAGUGAUUCUCUCAUUAACACAGGUGAGAGUGUUGACGAGGACAAGGCUGGAGAUCACUCUGUCAUGCUGAUUGAGUUAGAAUAACAGACUGGAAGCUUUAAAAGGAGGGUGGUGCUUGAAAUCAUUGUUCUUCCUCUGUUAACCAUGGUUACCUGCAAGGAAACAUGUGCUGUCAUCAUUGCUUUGCACAAAAAGGGCUUCACAGGCAAGGAUAUUGCUGCUAGUAAGAUUGCACCUAAAUCAACCAUUUAUCGGAUCAUCAAGAACUUCAAGGAGAGAGGUUCAAUUGUUGUGAAGAAAGCUUCAGGGCGCCCAAGAAGGUCCAGCAAGCGCCAGGACAGUCUCCUAAAGUUGAUUCAGCUGUGGGAUCGGAGCACCACCAGUGCAGAGCUUGCUCAGGAAUGGCAGCAGGCAGGUGUGAGUGCAUCUGCACGCACAGUCAGGCGAAGAAUUUUGGAGGAUGGCCUGGUGUCAAGAAGGGCAGCGAGGAAGCCACUUCUCUCCAGGAAAAACAUCAAGGACAGACUGAUAUUCUGCAAAAGGUACAGGGAUUGGACUGGGCUGGUAAAGUCAUUUUCUCUGAUGAAUCCCCUUUCCGAUUGUUUGGGGCAUCCGGAAAAAAGCUUGUCCGGAGAAGACAAGGUGAGCGCUACCAUUAGUCCUGUGUCAUGCCAACAGUAAAGCAUCUUGAGACCAUUCAUGUGUGGGGUUACUUCUCAGCCAAGGGAGUUGGCUCACUCACAAGUUUGCCUAAGAACACAGCCAUGAACAAAGAAUGGUACCAACACAUCCUCCGAGAGCAACUUCUCCCAACCAUCCAAGAACAGUUUGGUGACGAACAAUGCCUUUUCCAGCAUGAUGGAGUACCUUGCCAUAAGGCAAAAGUGAUAACUAAGUGGCUCGGAGAACAAAACAUCGACAUUUUGGGUCCAUGGCCAGGAAACUCCCCAGACCUUAAUCCUAUUGAGAACUUGUGGUCGAUCCUCAAAGGCGGGUGGACAAACGAAAACCAACAAAUUCUGACAAACUCCAAGCAUUGAUUAUACAAGAAUGGGCUGCCAUCAGUCAGGAUGUGGCCCAGAAGUUAAUUGACAGCAUGCCAGGGCGGAUUGCAGAGGUCUUGAAAAAGAAGGGUGUUGACUCUUUGCAUAAACUUAAUGUAAUUGUCAAUUAAAGCCUUUGAUACUCAUGGAAUGCUUGUAAUUAUACUUCAGUAUACCAUAGUAACAUCUGACAAAAAUAUCUAAAAACACUGAAGCAGCAAACUUCGUGAAGACCAAUACUUGUCAUUCUCAAAACUUUUGACAACGACUGUAUAUUGACGAGGAUUCUUAUUUUAUUUAAUCAAUUUUAGAAUAAGGAUGUAAUGUAACAAUGUGGAAAAAGUGAAGGGGUAAAGUGACUACGCAACAGGAUAGAUAAUAAGCAGCAGCCUAUGUGAUGAGUCAAAAGAGUUAUUGCAAAGGGGGGUCAGUACAGAUAGUCUGGGUAGUUAUUUGGUUAACUAUUUAGCAGUCUUAUGGCUUGGGGGGGUAGAAGCUGUUCAGGGUCCUCCUGUUGGUUCCAGGCAUCAGUACAGCUUGCCGUGCGGUAGCAGAGAGAACAGUCUAUGAGUUGCGUGGCUGGAAUCUUUGACAAUUAUUUGGGCUUUCUUCUGACACCGCCUGGUAUAGAGGUCCUGCGUGGCAGGGAGCUCGGUCCAGGGGAUGUACUGGGCUGUAUGCACUACCCUCUGUAGCGCAUUGUGGUCGAAUGCCAAGCAGUUGUCAUACCAAGCGGUGAUGCAGCCAGUCAAGAUGCUCUCAAUGGUGCUGUUGUAGAACUUCUUGAGGAUCUGGGGGCUGAUGCAUAAUCUUUUCAGCCUCCUGAGGGGGAAGAGGCGUUGUGUGUGUGUGUGUGUGUGUGUGGACCAUGUUUAUUCCUUAGCCAUGUGGACACUGAGGGACUUGAAGCUCUUGACCUGCUCCGCUAUUGCCCCGUCGAUGUGGAUGGGGGCGUACUCAACCCUCUGUUUCCUGUAGUCCACAAUCAGCUGCUUUGUCUUGCAGAUGUUGAGGGAAAGGUUGUCCUGGCACCACACUGCAAGGUCACUGACCCUCUCCCUAUAGGCUGUCUCAUCUUCGUUGGUGGUCAGGCCUGCAACUGUUGUGUCGUCAGCAUACUUAAUGAUGGUGUUGGACUUGUGCACGAGGGAGUACAGGAGGGGAUAAAACAUGCACCCCUGACCACCUUGGGGCGGCCCAUCAGGAAGUCCAGGAUCCAGUUGCAGAGGGAGGUGUUCAGUGGGGUGGGGGAUCUGAUGAUAUAAAGUUCCUAGACGCAGAGUGGAUCACUGAUUGAGCUGUAAAAGAGCGGCACGAACAAAUCUUCUUCCUGGGAGAAUCUAAAUUGCAUAUUCCUCCCGUCCUCUCCUCGCCUCCUUCUCAAAACCCAAUGGAGCAGAAGGUCAGAGGGGUGGGGACAUUUUUGGGGUUCUUGUAUUGGAAUUAUACUAAACAAUAAUAUAAAUGCCACCUGGACAACUGAUGAAACUGAGGGUUUGCACAACUGAAGAAUUUCUGCACAAACUCUCUGAAACCGUCUCAUGGAAGCUCAUCUGUGUGCUCGUCAUCCUCACCAGGGUCUUGACCUGACUGCAGUUUGGCGCCUUAAUCGACUUCAGUAGGCAAAUGCUCACCUUCGAUGGCCACUGGCACGCUGGAGAAGUGUGCUCUUCACGGAUGAAUCCCGUUUUCAACUGUACCGGGUGUAUGGCGUCCUGUGAGCGAGCUGUUUGCUGAUGUCAACGUUGUGAACAGAGUGCCCCAUGGUGGGGUUAUGGUAUGGGCAGGCAUAAACUACGGACAACAAACACAAUUGCAUUUUAUCGAUGGCAAUUUGAAUGCACAGAGAUACCAUGACGAGAUCCUGAUGCCCAUUGUUGUGCCAUGUAUCCGCCGCUAUCACCUCAUGUUUCUGCAUGGUAAUGCACGGCCCCAUGUCGCAAGGAUCUGUACACAAUUCCUGGAAGCUGAAUGUCCCAGAUCUUCCAUGGCCUGCAUACUGCACUUUAUCAGCAGAAUGGACAGUGCCCUACACACUAAAGAAAGGCUGUUUUGGUAAUGAAUAUAGGCUACAAGAUGGAUAGGCUGUUUGUAAUAGGUGAAUUACCCUAUGUGAAUGCAGAUGUACACCCAGCUGUCUUACCAAAAUAGUGCAAACUAAAUGCUGAUAGUGGUAGCAUAGUUAUGCAUGCAAACAAAAAUACUGAAUAGCAGUUUGGCUUAAAAUACUGACACAACUGCGAAUGCAAACGAAUGAAUUCAAACAGAACAAAAUGGCGGUACCAAGUUAAGCCUAGUAAACAAAAUAUCACAUCGAUAAAGGCAUGACACAAUCUGUAUUUAGGCUAUAUAUUAAACAAAUGCAGUAAACAAAAGGUGAAUGGCGAUUCAAAUAACCAAAACAGCCGGCCAGUAGGCCUGUUUCAGUCAUGGAAAAUCACUCAUGAGCACAGCAACACGUUGUGAUAUGGCACAAUACACUUCUGGGGAUUCAUUUCAACCCACGUAAUCAAUUAAGCAAUGGCAGCCUACCAUAAACAUGUUUCCAGAGAAUUGAGAUUGUUCAAAUAUGUACUUGUUAUUCACUGAAAAUAUGCAAUUUAAAUGAACAUCAACAUUUUGGACCCUCACCAGUUUGCAUCCCUUGAUAUGAUUGUCAUGGGUCUCUGGUGUGUAAUGUUAACUGACUUGUCUGAAAGGACCCGUAUAUAUCCGAACGCGACUUCUGCAGUAGAGAGAGAGAGUAAUUGUAUAAUUUAUGCAUGACUGUCUUCAUCCGUAACUGUCGGUUACAUACAGUUGAAGUUGGAAGUUUACAUACACCUUAGCCAAAUACAUUUAAACUCAGUUUUUCAAAAUUCCUGACAUUUAAUCAUAGAAAAAAUUCCCUGUCUUAGGUCAGUUAGGAUCACCACUUUAUUUUAAGAAUGUGAAAUGUCAGAAUAAUAGUAGAGAGAAUGAUUUAUUUCAGCUUUUAUUUCUUUCAUCACAUUCCCAGUGGGUCAGAAGUUUACAUACACUCAAUUAGUAUUUGGUAGCAUUGCCUUUAAAAUGUUUAACUUGGGUCAAACGUUUCGGGUAGCCUUCCACAAGCUUCCCACAAUAAGUUGGGUGAAUUUUGGCCCAUUCCUCCUGACAGAGCUGGUGUAACUGAGUCAGGUUUGUAGGCCUCCUUGCUCGCACACGCUUUUUCAGUUCUGCCCACACAUUUUCUAUAGGCUUGAGGUCAGGGCUUUGUGAUGGCCACUCCAAUACCUUGACUUUGUUGUGCUUAAGCCAUUUUGCCACAACUUUGGAAGUAUGCUUGGGGUAAUUGUCCAUUUGGAAGACCCAUUUGCGACCGAGCUUUAACUUCCUGACUGAUGUCUUGAGAUGUUGCUUCAAUAUAUCCACAUAAUUUUCCUUCCUCAUGAUGCCAUCUAUUUUGUGAAGUGCACCAGUCCCUCCUGCAGCAAAGCACCCCCACAGCAUGAUGCUGCCACCCCCGUGGUUCACGAUUGGGAUGGUGUUCUUCGGCUUGCAAGAACCUCCCUUUUCCUCCAAACAUAACGAUGGUCAUUAUGGCCAAACAGUUCUAUUUUUGUUUAAUCAGACCAGAGGACAUUUCUCCAAAAAGUACGAUCUUUGUCCCCAUGUGCAGUUGCAAACCGUAGUCUGGCUUUUUUAUGGCGGUUUUGGAGCAGUGGCUUCUUCCUUGCUGAGCGGCCUUUCAGGUUAUGUCGAUUUAGGACUCGUUUUACUGUGGAUAUAGAUACUUUUGUACCUGUUUCCUCCAGCAUCCUCACAAGGUCCUUUGCUGUUGUUCUGGGAUUGAUUUGCACUUUUCGCACCAAAGUACGUUCAUCUCUAGGAGACAGAACGUGUCUCCUUCCUGAGCGGUAUGAUGGCUGCGUGGUCCCAUGGUGUUUAUACUUGCAUACUAUUGUUUGUACAGAUGAACGUGGUACCUUCAGGUGUUUGGAAAUUGCUCCCAAGGAUGAACCAGACUUGUGGAGGUCUAAAAACAAAUGUCUGAGGUCUUGGCUGAUUUCUUUUGAUUUUCCAAUGAUGUCAAGCAAAGAGGCUCUGAGUUUGAAGGUAGGCCUUGAAAUACAUCCACAGGUACACCUCCAAUUGACUCAAAUGAUGUCAAUUAGCCUAUCAGAAGCUUCUAAAGCCAUGACAUAGUUUUCUGGAAUUUUCCAAGCUAUUUAAAGGCACAAUCAACUUCUGACCCACUGGAAUUGUGAUACAGUGAAUUAUAAGUGAAAUAAUCUGUCUGUAAACAGUUGUUGGAAAAAUUACUUGUCAUGCACAAAGUAGAUGUCCUAACCGACUUGCCAAAACUAUAGUUUGUUAACAAGAAAUGUGUGGAGUGGUUGAAAAACGAGUUUUAAUGACUCCAACCUAAGUAUAUUUAAACUUCCGACUUCAACUGUAGUUAUAUGGUAAUUGUGCCAGCCCUAACUGAGGCCUAGUAGAUGGUAGGAAUGGUGCAUUAUGAAUGCUGAAGUCUUGUAAGUGUACAGUUCUGUAAUAUGAAUAAUCUGGGCCUAGGGUUACAACCUAUAGGAGUGCUGCAUUCUGAUUGAUGUGACCUUGGGAUAUACACACACAGUACAGUGCUGCAGUCUGCCAGGCCAGAGGACUGAAUGUUGAAGGCUUGGCAGUGGCAUUGGGGCAGGUUGCCAAGGUCUAUGGCAGGGUGCCAGUGUCCCUAUAGCCUGCCCUGUGGUCCCACUCACAGGACCCAUUCACUCUCUCUCACACACACACACACACACACACACACACAGAACCGCCUGUCUCAGCUUUAUGGGGCUAGAAAAGCCAGUCACCUCUCUCCAGUCACCAGUACCACCAACUCUUGGAGAACUGGGUCAUGUUCAAUAGAGCACUUCAAUAGAGGGGUGGUUCAGUGCUCAGACCACAAGAACGGAGAAUGCGAUGAGGCAUACUUAGGCCAAAUGUGUCCACCAUAUUGUAGAUUGAUACAUCAUAAUACUGUGGUGUGUUUUGUGAUAUGGCGAUGCUGAUGGUUCUCUGCCCUUCCCCUCCCCAGACAAAGCUCUGAAGGACAGCCUGGACCGGGUGCUGCUAAGCGGGUACUUUGACAAAGCCCAGUCCCACCAGAAUGGAGUGUGUGAGGAGGAGGAGGAGGAUGAUGAGGAGCAGUUUGAGGCCGUAGUGGAGUCGGCAGAGGAGCAGACCGUCGACCCAGGUCAAAAUCUUUGACAUUGACGUUAGAUGUGCACUUUUGAGUUAUAAAUGGAAAAAGCUAUACAUAUUCUGAUAGCUGAACUGGUCACGUUCCUUUGCCAUUCUAAGAAAUGUGCAACAAAAAAAUUGGGAAAACGACGAACCAAUACCAAUAUAGCUGUUAGCGAAAGUACACGUAAGUUUGUGAAUUUGUAAGCAAGUUGUAGGCAAUACAAAUAUAGUCAGCUUAAGUUCAUUUGUAAGCAAUACAAAAUGUUAACUGUUCGCUCCUUAAAGUUGUACGUUUUUUGCUGUAUUGUUGUUUUUUUACCACCAUUACAAGUUCCCAAUUGCGACAAUAAAGAUGUUGAUUGAUUGAACAUCUUUUGUCCUGCAUUCUGAAAGUUAUUUCUCUCUUCACAGAGGGUGAAAUAGUUGAAGAGUACAUAGAGCCCAUUAAGGUGGAGGCUACAGAGGUGAGAGGACUUACUAUCCUGGGUCGGGUUCAUUAAGGCAAUGUUUUACUACAUUUUGCAACGGAAAUGAAAACGAGUGCUUCCAGUUGGACAAAUUCAGAUAAUGCAUACCUGUUUCGGCAGUUUUCUUCGAUUUCCUACCUACUGAACACUACCCUGUUAAUUCAGUUGUUAUCACAUCUCGGCUGCUUUGUGACUGUGGCCAUCUUGUGUUUGUGUUUCAGUUCGUAAACAGGCAGUUCAUUCCAGACACCACGUACAGCAGCAGUGACGAGCAAGGAGACAAGUGGACCACAGAAACAGAGGUAUGAUGCUCAGUGUCUUACACAUUUCUGACACAAAUCAUGGUAGGGCUGUCCCAGACAAAAUAAAUCUUGGUCUACAGAGUCAUGUUCUUUCGACCAAUCGAAAUGUUAAAAUGUGUAUUUUUUCAUAUAGACUCGUCCUAUGUAUUUUAAUCAAAUGAACUAUAUGCACUAAGCUUGUCUGAUGCUUUAAGCGCACUGUUUGAUAUAAUUAAGACACACAAAUGACUAGAGUCCAACCGCAAUUGAUUUAAUUGGGCCGGGCUCAGACUUGCUGCGCGGUGUUGAAAAAAUAAAUAUGACAGCGUGUGACUGUGACUAGCACCCGUUGUCUCUGUCUCCUCCCUGCUGCAGCGACCACCACAGAACAGUGUUUAUCACGCUGUCUGUGUUGCUGAAGCUGCAACAUAAUUACAGCCAUAUCUGACUGAAAAGUUCUGUUACCGAAAUCCUUCAUUUUGUUUCGGAAAAACAUUCCCUAUUCCCUCAACCCUUGCUCUCUUUACGUGACGUAUGCAUCGAUUGUACGUGACCAAUAGGGCCUGACCUAUAGCCUAUUAUAAUUGUGUCAAUAAAUUGGUUAUAACAAACUCUGAACAUAACACACAGCAAAAUGGAUGCAGAGGACGUGAUAAAUAAACUCGAAACGGGGAAUGUUUACUGGUUGUUCAGGAGGUAAAGGGGAAGUCAGAUGUGUGGAAUAAAUUUGACAAGUUGUGGAAAAUCCUAGCGAUCAAGAAAAAUAAGGUAAGGAGCAAGCGCUGUGUGCAUAUUAUGUGUGCCAAACAGGUGCUGUUAAAUCGAUAUUGUAAUCUUUCUGACCGUUUGGAACAACAACACUAAAUAAAUUAUAAGCGUACCAGAGAAUCUGUUAUUAUUACAGCAAAGACUAAAAACAGUCGCAUUCAUUCCUGAAUGCAAUUUUACAAAAUGGAACGGUUUAUUUAUUGUUUUACGCUAAUUAUUAAAUUGUCGCUUUAUUUGCAUUUCAAAUCUUGAAUGACUCGUAUGCUGUGUGAUGACAUGAACGAAUGAAUGAUUGAUUGAUACAGUAUCCUGUAUAACUAUUAAAAAUAUAGGCCCAAGUAAGUUACGGUAUUAAGACUAAAGAGGAUGCGUUCUUAGGCCUACAGCUCGAUGGUGGUUAUACAAGGCUGCUAUACUAAGCCUACUAAUUAUAAUGACAUUACUUAUUAUUAGACUGACAAUAAUACUAAUACUAACAAUAAGGAGAUCAAGAAAAAUAAGUGUUUUAUUAUUAUUAUAAUAAAUAUUCUUCUUCUGACAAUUUGAAACAGUGUAAUCAACACUAGAUAAAUGAUCAAUAAUACCAUAGGCUGUUCUAACGGAAAAAAAGUGUAAAGCCUUCAUUACAGCACAGCAAAGAUUUAUAAACAGCCGAUUUUGUGAAGUUGUUUAUUCGACAGGUUGUGGUUGCAUGAGGUUUGGUGCUCAUGGAAAUCAGUAGGCUAUUAAACAAACACUCACAGGCAACAGGAGCAGGAUCUGUCUUAUUUCUGUAGAUAUAUAUGGGUGAUUUAUAAAGCCAGGCACAUUUAACAGUUAGGCUAUUGAUUAUAGACCUAAUUUAAGUUGGUUUCCUAUCUCCCCACUUUUCUAAGACAAUUAAGGCAAGGGCUGUUUUCUUGUCUCCUAACUCCACUGCUGCCUCCGCCACGUUGUUCUCAACACCAAUAUGCUGGGUAACUUUGCUAUUAUGCACCACAUGGUCUAGGAAAAGGCGCCAAUUCAACAGCGCACUGAUGUGUUUCAGAACUGCGGACAGCGGCCGCUAUCCAACGUAGGAGAACGAGUAUUUGUAAUACAAUAUCGUUUUUAUUAGUGUUCCACCAUUGUUGUUACAUAAUAUAACCAUAUAGAAUUUCAAUCCCCACGGCCCUCCACAAUGGAUUAGGCCACCCAGACAGGCGUGAAUCAGACGGGUGUCUUGUACACCAUGAUAUAUAUAUAUAUAUCUUUUUUUUUUUGCUACUGCUCGACUAAAGAAAUCUGGGUCGACCAACAGCCUAUCGACCAAACAAUCGACCAGUCGACUAAAUGGGGUCAGCCCUAAAUCCUGGAAUUCUUUAAGGCGUCCGCAUGCUUCAGUUCGGCUGGCGGCUAGCCAAACCGAAUGAGUGUGCUCACAUACUCCCUUAAAAGACCUCACAUACUCCCUUAAAAAAAGUGGCAAUGGUACCGUUUGUCCAUUUUGAGACGCUGUAGCCAGUAUACACUUCCUCAAAAUAGUCAGAAUUAAGAGAACUCAAAUCUGUCAUUAAUUUUGACAUUUUUGCAGAGGAGAUCUUAGUCGCGCAAUUUUACAUCUGAGAUGUUUGCUGUAGUAUUUCUCAAUGAAAGAAAUGUGUGCCUGAACAGCCGAACAAAAUACCUUAAGGAAGUCCAAAAUGAACAAAAACAUCACAAAAUGUCGUCAUAAUAUAUGCAUGAACCCUUCCGAACUGUUUCGGCUGGGAAGCAUGCGGACGCCUUUAGCCGUUGGGUUUGCGGCUUCUCAGUGGACGCUAUCCACUUAAUUUUCGAACGCUUUUAAAACACAGAAGCCAAAUGCGGAAACUAUGGAUGCAACUUCCUCCGCGCUUGUGCAUUAUCAUAAGAGCCAAUUUAUGCUUGAUCCGAAAAUGUGGUCGGAGGCGCCGUAUGGAUGGUGUGUGAUGCAAUUACGGCGCCUCCGGAAGCACGCAGAGGCCACAUUUUAGCUUUGUACCACAUCGCCUUGCGCCUCUCAAAUUUUGGAGCUUGGCAUUGACAUGAUUGGUUGACGGUAGGUGAGGGCGGGAGGUCCUGUAUAAACACAAACUCACUUCCUUGACAACUUCCUUCACAACAGCUCUGCGCUGCUCGGUGAAGAGCAAGAAGUAUAUAUGCCCUGACUUCUGCAGAGGCCAUAUCACCAUAAAUGCUGCACGGCCAUUGCAGACAUCGGAUUGACCUUGCAGCGACUUAAAUUAAUAUUUGUGCAACUAGAUAUCCCUGCUUUAGCAUGUUUCUGUUAGCCGAUACAUCCUGACAAAAUACACACUUUUACUGGCCUGCUAAUGUGCCUGGGACUUCAUAACUGUUGUGUAAAUUUAACACUAAAUAUCUGCCUGUGCCAUUUCUGAAAAGACUGGUCACGCACAAAAAUAUUGGGAUUUAUAAGCAUACGCAUGUUUCACAUUAUAAAUCGGAUGUCGUAAAACUGUGUGCGCGGGAACGAGCAUUACAACUCCGCCUGAAGAAUGCCCAUCAUUCACCAUUUAUGGUGACAACACCCAUAUUUGUUGUAUACUUUGGAAGUAUUGGAAUUAGGCCAAGACAGUAUCUAAUGGGAAUGGUGAACUUGUUCAAAUGUCUGGAGGUGUUGGAAGAAUGUUUUCUUUUGCAGUGACAUUUGCUGUAUCGGACUGUUUCUGAAAGACAAAAAACAACUGCAAAUUGUAAACAGAUCGUUUGAAUGCAAUAAUGUUUUGCAUUCACUUUUUCCCCAUACCUUAAAUAUGCUGCACUGGCCGUGAAUUCUGAAAUAUUUGUUUAACUACAGUAGGCCUACUUACAGUGGUAGCCUACACACUUCAAUGCAAAAGAUCAACUGUCUGUUCGCCUGUUAAAUUCUACUCUGUUAUAAACCGUGCUCCAUGUCGCAUGCAUAGAGCAAAAACAUGAAAUUAUAAUAGCCAAUCUAAUAGGUCCAAUUAAAUGAGAGAUGUGCAUGGUAAUUUGUUGUAUGGCUACUUUGGGAAUAUUAACUCAUCAUGGCCAGAAAAGGUGAGGAAUUUAUUCUGCAAUGGUAAUAUAAGAUGUAUUGUUUUAUAAAUGAAAUAUUGUGUACUCGAACAUCAAUGGAAAAGGUGAAACCGUCUGUUCUACCGUUAAACUGCACUUCGGAUCAGAUCGCAUAGAGCAAAAUAGGCUACUUGAAAUAGCUUAUCUAUUUACUACUGUGAAGUGGGUCCAAUUAAAUGAGAGAUGGGACAAAUGGUAGCAUAUCCUAACUUGUUGUAGGCCUAUAGUUUCAUAGCCUAUCUAUUUCGCAAGUACUAUUAGCAUAUCAGUCAGAAAAGGUGAUUAAUUUAUUCUGCAAUAAUCAUGGAAAUGAAAUAAAUAAUACAAUUAUUUUAGAAUGCAAAGAUUUUCACUCUUCUCACUAACGGCAAAUGAUUGCAUCUCGUUAUUAUAUUUAGUGUCAUCAUAUAUUCCCCAUUUGCACAAGGCUACUACUAGGCUACUUUUAGUGGCCUCAUUGAUAAAUGUUGCAUACAAACAAAAUACGCCCCAUCUUUGGCCAGUUUUCACGCCAAAGUUGGCAUUUAUAAAAACUGAACUUGACAUGAGAAUGUGCUUAGCUUCCCGCAAACUUUUGACAAUUUCUAGUGGUUGAAGUAUUGCAUUGCAAGUAGACUAGUAUUUUGUGCAAAUGGGGGAUAUGAUGACAAGCUUAAUGUAAAAGGUAAAUGUAAUAACAAGAUACAAUCAUUUGCCGUUAAUGAGAAGAUGGAAGAUACAUUUGUUUUGCAUCCUAAAAUAGUUAGAAAUAGGCAUCUAUUUCAUUUCCAUGAUCAUUGCAGAAUAAAUUCCUCAACUUUUCAUACUCGCGAAGUAACCUAUAGGCCUACAACGUCACAUCUCUCAUUUAAUUGGACCCACUUUACAGUAGUAAAUAAACUACUUCAAGUAUUUUGCUCUGCGAUCUGAUCCGGAGCGCAGUUUAACGGUAGAACAGACGGUUCACCUUUUCCAUUUUUUUUAUUUUUUUGACUGAAGAGCCUAUGCCUGAAUAGCCUACUGUAAUUUCAGAUGUCUCAAGUAAACAAUGUUUUAUUCAUAAACUAUAUAUAAAACAUUUUCAUAACCAUAGAAUAAACUCACCACCUGUUCUGUACAUGAUGGGUUUGUAUUCCCGAAGAAGCUUUAGCCUACAACCAAUUACCAUGCUCAUUUAAUUGGGCCAAUUAGAUAUGCUAUUAGGAGCCUAUUUUGCUUUAUGCUUCCGAAAGGGAGCGCAGUUUAUAAUAUAGGCCUACAGUAGAAUUUAGCAGAUGAACAGACAGUUGAUAUUUUACUAUGAAGUGUGUAGGCUACUACUGUAUUUAGUUUAGUAGACAUACUACUAGACAAUGUUUCAAAGUUGAUGGGUAGAGCAGCAUAUUUAAUUACGGGAAAAUGUUAACGCAAAACAUUAUUGAAUUCAAACGGUAUGUUUACAGGUCUACAACAAUUUGCAAUCGUUUUUUUUCUUUCAGAAACUGUCAGAUACAGCAAAUGUCACUGUAAAAGUUUAAAACAUUGUGCCAACACCCCCAGAGGCAUUUGAUCAAGUUCACCAUUGCUAUGUCUUUUAGAAACGGCCUUGGCCUAAUUCCAAUACUUCCAAAGUAUACAGCAAAUAAGGGCUUUAUUGUCACCAUAAAAGGUGAAUGAUGAGGCGUUUUAAUGCUCGUUCACGCAUGCACAGUUUCAGGACGGGUCUGAUUUUAUAACGGGAAACAUGCCUUGUUUAUAAAUCCCUAUUUUUGUAAGUGCGCAGUCUUUUUAGAAAUGGUGCAUGUAGAUAUUUAGUGUGAAAUGUAUGCAACAGUUACGAGGCCCCUGCCUCGGUUAUUCCUCUUAAAUCUUGUGGAGCCCCAGGAAAAGCCAGACUACAAAAGCUUGUUGCACACUUAUUUCCUUAACUAAUAGCCUAUUGAAGGAGAGAUGCAUGCUUGCUCUAGCUUGCUGAAUGUAAAAUAUGCUAAACGCUACAGAAUUAAAAAACAGGCUUGGAGUUGAAAAGGAGAAGCCCAUUUUUUCCUAUAGUAAGCCUACCUUAACACUGAUAGGCUACAUCUUGACAAAAUACACAAUAUGAGUGGCCUGCGUAUGUACCUUUCUGGACCUUCUAACCUGUCCAGUAGAUACAAACUGAUCCAAAUGGUUGCAUAAUCAGGCCUAGGCUGUAUGCAGUUAUUUCGGCAUGAACCCAGAAAAAAAAACAGGCAGUUUCAGCGGUUAUUCAAAUAAGCCUACAUCACUGCAGUUUACAGCCUAUAAACAAUAAUUGUGUACUCACUUGAUAACAAUAAUACAUUCCUCAUUGCACUGUUGUUGUAGCCCAGGUGGUAUAAUUUUGUCUAAAAACGUAGGCCUAGGCCUAAUCAAUAGCGGAGCUUUGCGUGCCUGGGGACCACAGAGUGCAUCCUGGAGCAACGCACAUAUCUGCCAUUUCUUAACUUUUCUCUUUAUUUCACUUUGACAGGUAAAUAUUUAACCUAUCCCUAAUAUUUAGCUAAUGAAUAGCCUAAUAUCUAGCUAAUAUUUACAGUGCCUUCGUUAAGUAUUCAUACACCUUGACUUAUUCCACAUUUUGUUGUUACAGCCUGAAUUCAAAAUGGAUGACAUUUUCUCACCUCUCAUCUACACACAAUACAAAGUGAAAACAUGUUUUUAGACAUUUGUACAAAUGUAUUGCAAAUUAAAUACAGAAAUAUCUAAUGUACAUAAGUAUUCACACCCCUGAGUCAAUACUUUGUUGAAGCACCUUUGGCUGCGAUUACAGCUUUGAGUCGUCUUGGGUAUGUCCAUAUUUGCACACAUUUCUAAAAACAUGUUUUAACUUUGUCAUUAUGGGGUAUUGUGUGUAGAUGGGCGAGAACCCCCCAAUGUAACCCCCCAAUGUAAUUUUGAAUUCAGGCUGUAACACAACAAAAUGUGGAUUAAGUCAAGGGGUAUGCACACUUUCUGAAGGCACUGUAUACAUUUAAUCAAAUUGGCUAGUACACACACCAAAACGUUUCAAAUGUUUAAAUCAAAAAGCUAUUGCACAGAAAAACGUGUUCUCCGAAAUAGGUCAUUCAUCUUCUCGUAAAAUCUCAGGAAAAGCUAUAAGCUACAACAUUUAUUUUGAUAGGCUAUUAAGUGUAGUAUAAAAAACUAUUUUGGGAAAGAAGCAGGCUUGAUCUAGCUAAUUGCUGAAUGUAAAACAGGCCAACUGCAUAGGUAAAAUUAACUGUCGGGGAAAGUUGAGGAGAGAGUGCGUUUGCGUGAUCACUUUUGGCCGGUUAUGAUAACAUUGUUGCACUGAUGCAUUGCAAAUAGAUGCACAGGACAGACAUGGCUAUGAGCACGGUGAAAAAGAAGACCCAAAUUAAUUGAUAACCAUUAGAAGAAUGGAAAUCACUUGAGCAACGAGGCAUUGAAAUCCGGUAACAGAUGUGCAUGCUAAACUGCGUUGUUGAAUUGCUACAUUUUUAUUAUUUUUAAUUAGGCCUACAUGUACAUUGAACACAGGAGGUUGGUGGCACCUUAAUUGGGAAGGAAGGGCUUGUGGUAAGGACUGGAGCUGAAUCAGUGGAAUGGUAUCAAAUACAUCAAACACGUGGUUUCCCUGAAAAGCACUGAAUGGUCUGGCGUUACCACCUUAUUAUAACAGGCCUACAGCGUGCUGUAGGAUGCGUUGAUCAGUUGAUUGACAGGUGUAGGACUGUAGAACGAUCAACCUUCCUCUAGUGUGGAUGCUCACCAACUUUUUAUAAAAAUAUGUAAUUGGUUGCUUGAUUUUUAUUUUUACUUAAAAAACACCAAAAACUACAAAUAAGUGGAACUCUUAAAAAGAGUGGAACCCUUGCUCUCCUAAUAUAAAGUCAAACCCUCUCCACCCCUUUCCUCUCCCUUUUUUUUAUUCUCUCUCCCUUCUGUCUCCUCCCCACUCUCUUCUCUCCCCUCCCCUAUUUUGUCUCCUCAUCGCUCCUCCCUUCCUUUCCACUCCCCUCAAUUUCUCUCCUUUCUCGUCUCCUGAAAAAUAAAAAAAUAGUCUGCAGAUGGAUAUGUUAGACCUACCCCCUAUGCACUUUUAUACAACGGGUGGGUCUAAUCCUGAAUGCUGAUUGGUUAAAACCGCAUUCCAGCCGGUGUCUAUUCCACAAGUUACCACCGGCUAAAUCUAUGACGUUAAAAUGCCUAUUUACUCUGUUCCAUCUGACUGCGCAAUCAACGGUCUCAUCAGCCCAGCCAGGCUAUUUAUAAACUUGAUCUCCACUAAAAACCAUCUAGACAUUAUCUCACAUUUCUUUUAGACAAACAUUUAGUUUUAAACAGCGGAGAUUUGUAUAAACCUUGAUGUCUGUCUCUCCGACAUUUGCAACAUUGUUUCAAUAUUCAAAUUCGAUCUCCAGCUGUCCCAUAGUAAUGAACGUGUCAGGACAAGACAGACAGGCAGGCAGCUUUUCUCAGCCAGUCAAAAUCAUGAUUCAGCUGUCAUCAUUUUGAUGGAUGUAUACAAAGAAAUGUCAAUUGAAAAAAGAUAAAUCGAAACGAAGUGCAGCUACGCUAGUUUUCAGUCUUUCCAGCUUCAGUUUGAAGUAAAUGUGUUAGCUGUGUUGUUGGCUAGCUCCUCUGAACAACAGUGUCCUGACGAGAGCAAAUGUUAUAUGCCAGGCGAAAUCGCGGCUCAUUAGCUCAUUGUUGUGGAUGCAUCCAAAUAAAUGUCACUAGAAAACAGCUUACUGUUAUUCUAAGUUAGCCGUAGUUGGCUAGCUAGCAAGCAAGGGAUAAGAACGUUGCCAGCCAGUAUGGCAAUGGAACAUUUAAAACGAACGACUGGGUCGCGUCUCUGACAACCGAAUGAACGACCAGUCGGCUUGGGUAGCAACCCUAGAUUUGUGUCGGGAAUAUAUCUUGUGUAAGGAUGAAAUAGUAUGAAUAAAUUCAUCAAAAUAACGUUUUUAAUGAAAAUAUGUCAAUCAUUAUUUGAAUAUGUUGGUAACCCGUUGUAUAAAAGUGAUAAUGCCCUUGAAGCCAGUGUUUGGAGGAUAUAUUGGCACGUGCCAAUAUAUCCUCCAAACACCGGCUUCAAGGGCAUCAUCACUUAAGUGGAGAUGUUUGGCUAGGCGUACCAUUUGUUUGAUUGGUUAGUAUUUUCAGAGUUUCCCACUUGUUUUGAACACAGCAAUAUGAUGUGCAAGUGCAUUUUACUUCCGUAUCUCUUGCUUUGUAGGCUAAGAAUGUGCCUCAAAUCUACAUUGUCAAAGUCACGAAAACACGGCCAUUUAAGAUAUGAACAUUAAGAACACCUCUUUCCAUGACAGACUGAACAGGUGAAUCAAGGGGAAAUCUAUGAUCCCUUAUUGAUGUCAGUUGUUAAAUCCACUUCAAUCAGUGUAGAUGAAGGGGAGGAGACCGGUUAAAGAAGAAUUGUUAAGCCUUGAGACUAUUGAGACUUCGAUUAUGCAUGUGUGCCAUUCAGAGGGUGAAUGGGCAAGACAAAAGAUUGAAGUGCCUUUGAACAGGGUAUGGUAGUAAGUGCCAGGCGCACCGGUUUGUGUCAAGAACUGCAACGCUGCUGGGUUUUUCACACUCAACAGUUUCCCGUGUGUAUCAAGAAUGGUCCACCACCCAAAGGACAUCCAGCCAACUUGACACAACUGUGGGAAGCAUUGGAGUCAACAUGGGCCAGCAUCCAUGUGGAAUGCUUUUGACGCUUAGUAGAGUCUAUGCCCCGACGAAUUGAGGCUGUUCUGAUGGCAAAAUCGGGGGUGCAACUCAGUAUUAGGAAGGUGUUCUUAAUGUUUUGUACACUCAGUGUAUAUUAAAUUGUAUGCGUGUUUCCGAGUGAAUUAACAUACCAUAUGCCGGUUUUCAACAUAUUUGACGGCAUGAAGAAGCACGAAGCCGAAAAGUUUAAAAGAACUACACACAUGAACUAUAAACAAAUUAAUGCCUUUUUUUUUUGCAUUUUAAAGUAUUGGCUGGCAACGUUCAGUAAAAAAGAAAACGGCAUCAUCUAAUAUAAAACUCGUCAAACGGCCUGUAACUAACAGGUUUUACUGUAAGUCCACAGCUCGAAGCAGGCAUGCUUCGGCAUGCGAUCAAAGCAGCAGGAGAUGCAGUCCAAAUGAGAUUUUUCUAACUUUAGGCAACGUCUUACUUCUUGAACGUAAAAUAUUUUGAUAAAAGGCAUCGGGUAUGACUAAAUCAAUACACGAAUACGAAUAUAAUUUUAUAUACAUCUUAAAUUACCAUAUUUUUAUGAAUUUGAUAUAAUCUUCAAGUCUAGUCAAGAGAUUAUGGGACUGGGUACUGAAGGGUACUUUCAUAGGGUAUACAGCCUCUGGCCUUGCCUCUUGCUCCUCCCCCUCAGGUGGUGAGUGUCAUCCAGCAACAGCCUGUACAGUCAGCCCCUCCCCCCAUCGCCUUGGAGACCCACCCCCUGAACGUGGCCACACCCACAGUCACACCCCCGGUGGUCAGGAAGCAGGUGGUCCAGGACCUCUUGUCACAGAUGCAGGGGCCUUACAACUUCAUGCAGGUGAGGAUUCGACCCACCACCUUCUUCAAGACUGUUAGCCCACUGAGCUAAGGCAUUAGCUGUGGUUGGUGUGACUGUGGUGCAGGCAUGUGCAAUGGGGUGGUUUGGACCUGAAUACUUGGCAUUUGGUCCAAGCUAAUGCCUAGGCUUUAGCUCAGCAGGUAAACACAGUCUUGUGGCUUUGAACCUCAGACAGUCAGUCACAUAUUCAGCAUAGUGCCAUAAUCUUGUUUGCUUCCCUGAGGAACAAUGCAUUUUGAGGAGUUGUCAGAAGAUCAAGGAAUCAAAGGAAUAAAGAAAAGAAGAGGAAUAAAGGAAAGAGUUUUGUUAUUCAGCCAUAACACUGUUUUCUACUUCCUCCCUCAGGACUCUAUGCUGGAGUUUGAUGGCCAGCUCAUUGACCCAGCCAUCGUGUCAGCCCAGCCCAUGAAGCCUGCAGCUCAGAACAUGGACCUUCCUCAGUUGGGCUGUCCCCCAGUCCACCCAAAAUCACGCCUCUCACCACACAACACCGUCCCGGUACAGCCUGAGCCCAUGCAAGUGAGUGCUGGUGUUAUUAGAGGAUGAUGGCAGGGUAUCCUUUUAAUAACAUAACGUUGGCCCUGUUCAAAUACUUUGAAAAUGCACCCUUCAUUCCUUUAAGUAAUCACUGAUAUGACCUGUCUGGAUUGGCCAAAAGUAUUUAGAGGAACCCUUUAUCACUUACCCAAUCAUUUUAGAUUAGUGAUCACUCCAAUGAGGUGAGGUCAGAGGAUGCAUUUGAUCUAUUUUAAAUAGGGUACUUCUCUAUGGUGAAGAGGUUAGGAAUCUUGAUGUCUGAAUGAGUCCUCUCCUUCAUCCCCAGGUUCCCAUGGUGUCCCCCACGCCUGAGUCAUACUCCACGCCGUGCCCCAUGUUCCAGUCAUCACACACGCCAGAACCACGCCCACAUGCAGACUCCAUCGACACCAUCCAGGUAAAAAAUUAUAAAAGUAUAAUACAUGCCACUUAACAAACACUUUUAUCCAUUAGACAGCAACUUGCAGUUGACUUGCGAGCAACUUUUAAGUUGUGGGUUAAAUUCCCACAGUGAUCAUAUACACAUACAAAAAAAAAGAUGGACUCACUGUGGGAAUUGAAUCCACAACUUUGGCGUUACUAGCGCCACACUCUUAUCAACGGAGUACAGGACCACUGUAUCUGAUGGUACUCUUCCCCUCUCCCCAGGCGUCCAUGUCCCUGUCGUCAGAGCAGCAGCAGCCCCUUCCGUCCUCGGCCCUCCCCCCUGCCUCCUCUCAGACCCAGCAGCAGGUCUUCCAGCCUGUCAACAUCUCCAAACCCCCACACAGCUCCGGCAUCAAUGUCAAUGCAGCACCAUUCCAGUCCAUGCAAACAGUAAGGCCUUAGUCAAAAACGCAAACACAGUCUCUCUCACACACAGACACAGAGUAAGGCCUUAGUGGGGUCAUUGGAAGACACACACCUGGGGACAGAUAUGGGUCGUGUUCCUAUGCUUAGACGUUGCUGAAGCCUGACAGAUCUUACAAUGCCUAGAUAGGUAUUUUUAAGUAUCAGCUAACCACAUACAGUACCAGUCAAAAGUUUGGACGCCUACUCAUUCAAGCGUUUUUCUUUAUUUUUACUAUUUUCUUCAUUGUAGUAUAAUAGUGAAGACAUCAAAACUAUGAAAUAACACAUAUGGAAUCAUGUAGUAACCAAAAAAGUGUUAAACAAAUCAAAAUAUAUUUUAUGUUUUAGAUUCUUCAAAGUAGACACUCUUGGCAUUCUUUCAACCAGCUUCAUGAGGUGGUCUCCUGGAAUGCUUUUCCAAAAGUCUUGAAGGAGUUUCCACAUAUGCUGAGCACUUGUUGGCUGCUUUUCCUUCACUCUGCGGUCAAACUCAUCCCAAACCAUCUCAAUUGGGUUGAGGUCGGGGGAUUGUGGAGGCCAGGUCAUUUGAUGCAGCACUCCAUCACUCUCCUUCUUGGUCAAAUAGCCCUUACACAGCCUGGAGGUGUGUUAUGGGUCAUUGUCCUGUUGAAAAAAAAAUGAUAGUCCCACUAAGCGCAAACCAGAUGGGAUGGCGUAUUGCUGCAGAAUGCUGUGGUAGCCAUGCUGGUUAAGUGAGCCUUGAAUUCUAAAUAAAUCACUGACAGUGUCACCAGCAAAGCACCCCCACACCAUCACACCUCCUCCUCCAUGCUUCACGGUGGGAACCACGCAUGCAGAGAUGUGAUCAACCUACUCUGCGUCUCACAAAGACACUGCGGUUGGAACCAAAAAUCUCAUAUUUGGACCAAAGGACAGAUGUACACCGGUCUAAUGUCCAUUGCUCAUGUUUCUUGGCCCAAGCAAGUCUCUUCUUCUUAUUGGUGUCCUUUAGUAGUGGUUUCUUUGCAGAAAUUCGACCAUGAAGGCCUGAUUCACGCAGUCUCCUCUGAACAGUUGAUGUUGAGAUGUGUCUGUUACUUGAACUCUGUGAAACAUUUAUUUGGGCUACAAUUUCUGAGGUGCAGUUAACCUCUGCAGCAGAGGUAACUCUGGGUCUUCCUUUCCUGUGGUGGUCCUCAUGAGAGCCAGUUUCAUCAUAGCGCUUGAUGGUUUUUGCGACUGCACUUGAAGAAACUUUAAAAGUUCUUGAAAUUUCCCGGAUUGACUGACCUUCAUGUCUUAAAGUAAUAAUGGACUGUCGUUUCUCUUUGCUUAUUUGAGCUGUUCUUGCCAUAAUAUGGACUUUGUCUUUUACCAAAUAGGGCUAUCUUCUGUAUACCACCCCUACCUUGUCACAACACAACUGAUUUGCUCAAACGCAUUAAGAAGGAAAGAAAUUCCACAAAUUAACUUUUUACAAGGCACACCUGUUAAUUGAAAUGCAUUCCAGGUGACUACCUCAUGAAGCUGGUUGAGAGAAUGCCAAGAGUGUGCAAAGCUGUCAAGGCAAAGGGUGCCUACUUUGAAGAAUCUCAAAUAUAAAAUAUAUUUUGAUUUGUUUAACACUUCUUUGGUUACUACAUGAUUCCAUAUGUGUUAUUUCAUAGUUUUGUUAUCUUCACUAUUAUUCUCCAAUGUAGAAAAUAGUAAAAUAAAGAAAAUCCCUGGAAUGAGUAGGUGUGUCCAAACUUUUGACGUACUGUAUGUUAUAGCCAUUUUUCUGUCGAUCACGUGGCACGCUACCAUUGGUUGUUGCGUUGCCUUCACUGUGGAACGUGCCCUCAAUCAACCCUGCUUAAAGGGGCAAUCUGCAGUUGCUACAUCAACUGUCUCACCCCAUCAGAACCAAAAAUAUAAGCUAUUUUUACUCAAAUAUUUGUAAACAUUGCAAGUGUAAACAAACACUGUAUAGCCUCAAAACAUGGUUAAAAACUGUCAUUUUGAAAUCAUGGAUGGUCAGUCCUUGCAUCUUUAGCUCUAUGAAUUUCUGAGUGGUAACAUCACUCCAGGCCCAUCCCUCAACUUCAAAUAAAAUUGUAUUUGUCACAUGCGCCGAAUACAACCGGCGUAGACCUUACUGUGAAGUGCUUACUUACAAGCCCUUAAACAACAAUGCAGUUUUAAGAGAAAUAAGAGUUAAGAAAAUAUUUACUAAAUAAAGUGAAACAAAUAAAAAAGAACAACAAUGAGGCUAUAUACAGGGGGUACCGGUACCGAGUCAAUGUGCAGGAGUACAGGUUAGUCAAGGUAAUUCUUACCAAAACCGAGGUGGGGUUCCACUUUUGUUAUUGUUUCAACUGCGGAUUGGCCCUUUCAUGACAAUGCUUAUAGUGCAGUAUCUCUGUUUACUACUACUGCCGGCACUCACAUGCAACCUAACUGGAAGGAUUUAACUGGGAUUCUUACAGCACUCAAAACCAUUCUUUGAUUUUAUUUGGCCACAGGAAAAAUGGGGGGGGGUGGAACAAGGUAUGGUUUACAUAAUACUGAACUAGGGACACUGCAGUGUAGAUUUGAUUCCUCCGUUUAAGUGGCAGGGAUACUAUUGGGCUGAAACACAAAUCCCAGAUUGUAGCUUUAACUCUUGAUAAGCCUGUGAGUGACAAUUGUUCCUUGUUCCAAGUCUUGUUAAACCAGACUGAACACACCGCUCACCAUUCUUUUAACCAGGCUACCUUGUCCCCCCCCCAGGUGUUCAACCUCAAUGCCCCUGUCCCGCCGGCCAAUGAGGCGGAAGCCUUGACCCAGGCCAGCCAAUACCAGAACAGCUACAGCCAGCAGGGUUUCAGCAGCCAAUCACAGCAGCUCGGUGUGGAGCAGACCGAGAUGCAGACGGAACAGCUGCAGUCUGGUGAGCUAGCAGGGCUGGAGCAGAUUUUUACCCUUGUCAUACUACCGAGCAAAACCAAGUUGAGCCGUACCCCACUGGCCUGGUUAUGCAUUUACCAAAGUGGUACUGGAACUGUCCAGAAAAGGGCAAUGUGAACAGGUUGAACAGCACUAGAUGGUGUGAAAAGGAUAUUUCACUAACUGUAUUAUGACUGUUUGUCUUAAAAGGGCCAUUUUACUCAAACUAUGUUUCCCUGUCUGUAGUGGUUGGUGCCUUCCACUCCCAGGACCCAUCCCUGCCCAGCCAGGCCCUGUCCCAGGGGCAGCAGCCCGGCCAGCAGGGUCCAGGGUUCGUCCCUGGGGCUGGUCGCCAGGCCCAGUCCUUCUACAACAGCAGAGGCAUGACCCGCGGAGGUCCCCGUAAUGCCCGCGGCAUGGUCAACGGAUACAGAGGCCCCUCCAACGGAUUCAGAGGUACAGUAGCCUGACCUGUCCUUUACAAACUAACUUGUGCAGGGCCACACAUCAGCCUCAAGAUACACUAGAGCUUUCUUGUCUAUAGUGUAGUUAGUUAAAUAGAUCGAUUGAGCUGAGUGUUGUGUAUGGGAGAAAGCCUACAUCUAUCGGAUUUGAUCUCAAUUCGUUUGAGAUUUGAUAAGACAUGCUUGUUGCACACAUUGGUGUCAUCAUGGUCUUGUUGCUGUUUGAUAAGCAAAAGAAACAAUCUAUGCUUUUUUUCUGAAUGACUGCGUCUAACUGGAGUGUAAUAAUCCCUUCCAGGUGGAUAUGACGGUUACCGGCCUCCCUUCGCCAACACUCCAAACUCUGGAUAUCAACAGGCUCAGUUCAACAACCCGCGGGACUACUCCAAU